AUGGCUUCACCUUCACCUGUGUUGGGAGAGCUUCUUUCUAAGGAAUUUGGACGUUUAGAUAUCCAAGGUGUGUGGACUGAGCAGCGGUUUCCCUUGUCGAGUUAUGAAGUCUCCGGUUCUUGGUCUUAUCGAUUGGCGGGCGAGGCAACAACGAUAAGUGUGGUUUGGGUGCAGAAGUGGAGGUUGGGUGGCGGGCUAUGGGCUGCAGCGUGUAAAAGCAUCAAGGAUAAAGAAGUUGGUUACAGGAUUGUGGGAUCUAAAUAUUCCCUCAGAGCUCUUGCAAGAGAUUUUAUCCCGCCUAGGACCAAAAGUGACUCUGGCUACGUUGGGGCUUUUCACCCGUGUAGCGCAACCUGGGAUGUUCUUCCAGUGAAACCAUGGGCCUGUCCCACUUUUUGUCGUCAGAUAGAUUUCAGAAGCAAAAAUGUGUUGCUGAUGGAGCAUAAUGGAAACAUCUUUGGUACCGAGAACAAGUCUUCAGUGUUUAAACCAAACCUUGAACGCAUGGUAUGGGAAGAGAAGAGCGAAGUUUCUGGCUUGACAAUAUUCACACGUUACCCUGACUCAUUUAGUGGAUCUAAGAGGGACACAAAAUAUCCGUCCACUAAUGAGCUUCUUAGCCAGUACUACUCCCUCGUUGAUGAGAAAAGCUCUUGUCCACUUACAAGUACAUCUUUGUCUAAGCGUGUUGCUUGGGUUGAUCCACCUCACAACAACUUUACUUUUUGA